AAAGUAUGAUGGCUAAAAGCGUAUUUUGUGGUGUUUGUGAGCAUUCCGCAGAUGUUUUCCACUUUGGUGCAAUUUGUUGUGAAGCGUGUGCUGCAUUUUUCCGGCGACUAGUUUCUCGAAGCAAAACGCCAACGGCAAUAUGUUCUGGAAAUUGCGAUUUAAGAAAUAAAAUAAUCAGAAAGCUUUGCUCAAGUUGCCGGUACCAAAAAUGUCUUCAAAUUGGGAUGAAGGAGUCAUUAGUGAAAUCUAAGAAACAGAAAACUUCGAGCUCCGAGAAAACUAUUCUGGAAGAGUUGAACGAAGCGUACCAAAAUCUACUCGACUUGAGGAAAGAAACAUUUCGAAACCAGGAAGCUAAACUGACAUAUUUCGAGGAAAUGGAUGAUGUGUGUUCAGUGGAUCUUAGUUUAGUAGUGGAGACAUUGGUGAGAACAUUUUAUAAAAUGGCGCCAAUGGAAGAUGAUCAGCAGAGGCUUCUUGUCAAAAAUUUUCUGGUGGAGUUUAUGCUGAUGGAUAUGUCAUUCAGAUCAAUAGAUUCCAAUGUGAUCAUUCUUGCUAACGGGAACUAUGUGGAUGUUAAAAAUUUAGACGAGCACUUUCAAAGCACCAAAAUAGUUUCCGACGAGUCAAAAGCUGCUGAAGCUAAACUCUAUCUGAAAUCAUAUUGGGAAAUGGCUGAAAGUCAGCUCGUGGGAAGGUUUCAAGAACUUCGAGUUGAUCGUAAUGAGCAUUUAUUGUUGUGUGCCCUUCUUUAUUGGGAUUUCGGUCUGGAAAACCAAUCAGAAGAAAGUUCGGAAAUUUGUUUGAAGUUGCGAUCCAGAAUAUUCAAGGAGUUAUCGAAUUACGAAAGAAAGCAAUCGUCAACAGAGAAACAGUUUUCAAGGACCGGAGACCUUAUUCUAAUACUUCAAAUAAUUGAUAAACAAAUGGUUUCAAUGUACGAGUAUAAAACAGUAUCCAUAAUUUAUGAUUUAUGUGCAAAAAAUUGUCCACUUUUUCGAAUUUAAUAGCUUUUAUAAAUUUUCUAUUGU